CCGCCCCGGCUCCCCACAUCCGGGUUCCUGUCAGCCGCCGCCGCGCCGCCGCCUGCUCCGCGUCUCGGGGAGGCGGCGGGGCGGAGAAGGGAAGGGAAGGGAGGAGGCAGCGAAGAUGGCGGCGGCGGUGGGGAGAGCCGGCUCCUUCGGUUCCUCGUCGGCAUCCGGUGCCGCGAACAACGCCGGCGCCGAGCUGCGGGCGGGCGGCGAGGAGGACGAUGGGCAGAACCUCUGGUCCUGCAUCCUCAGCGAGGUGUCCACGCGCUCCCGCUCCAAGCUGCCCUCGGGGAAGAGCGUCCUGCUGCUGGGUGAAGAUGGAGCAGGUAAAACGAGCUUAAUAGGAAAAAUGCAAGGAAUCGAGGAAUACAAAAAAGGAAGAGGCAUGGAGUAUUUGUAUUUAAAUGUGCAUGAUGAAGAUCGAGAUGACCAGACAAGAUGUAAUGUGUGGAUUUUGGAUGGUGACCUGUAUCACAAAGGUCUUCUUAAAUUUGCGAUGGAGUCAAACUCGCUUAAGGACACUCUAAUUAUGUUGGUAGUAGACAUGUCAAGGCCUUGGACUGCAAUGGAUUCUUUGCAAAAAUGGGCAAGUGUUGUAAGAGAACACAUUGACAAGCUAAAAAUCCCUCCUGAAGAAAUGAAAGAAAUGGAACAAAAGUUGGUAAGAGACUUCCAGGAGUAUGUAGAACCAGGCGAGGAUUUUCCAGCUUCUCCACAGAGAAGAAAUACUUCAUUACAGGAAGACAAAGAUGACAGUGUGAUUUUACCCCUGGGUGCAGACACACUAACAUGUAACUUAGGCAUUCCAGUAGUAGUAGUUUGUACAAAGUGCGAUGCCAUCAGUGUUCUGGAAAAAGAGCAUGACUACAGAGAUGAACACUUCGACUUCAUUCAGUCACAUAUCAGACGGUUUUGCUUACAGUAUGGGGCAGCACUUAUUUACACUUCAGUAAAGGAGAACAAGAACAUUGAUCUAGUGUAUAAAUACAUAGUCCAGAAGUUGUACGGGUUUCCUUUCAAUGUUCCAGCUGUUGUUGUGGAAAAAGAUGCAGUAUUUAUUCCUGCAGGUUGGGAUAACGACAAGAAGAUUGGAAUCUUGCAUGAGAACUUUCAAACACUAAAAGCAGAAGACAGUUUUGAAGAUAGCAUAAGAAAACCACCAGUCAGAAAGUUUGUCCAUGAGAAAGAAAUUGUUGCAGAAGAUGACCAAGUGUUUCUUAUGAAGCAGCAGUCGCAGUUGGCGAAACAGCCACCUACUGCUGCAGGAAGGCCCGUGGAUGCCUCACCAAGAGUUCCUGGAGGAUCUCCUAGGACACCAAAUAGAUCUGUAACAUCCAACGUUGCCAGUGUUACACCUAUCCCUACUGGGUCCAAAAAAAUUGAUCCCAACAUGAAAGCUGGAGCUACCAGUGAGGGAGUCCUGGCUAACUUCUUCAAUAGUUUGCUGAGUAAGAAAACUGGUUCCCCUGGUGGCCCUGGUGGUGUUGGUGGCAGUCCUGGUGGAGGCAGCGCUGGAGGUACUGGCAGCAAUCUACCACCAUCAGCAAAAAAGUCAGGUCAGAAGCCAGUUUUAACAGAUGUUCAGGCAGAACUGGACAGAAUUUCACGAAAACCUGAAAUGGUCUCUCCUACAUCACCUACAUCUCCCACAGAAGGUGAAGCAUCUUGAAGACACCAAAUAAAACCAAUUGUUCAGUUUUCUGGGGUAAUUCAAACUUGCCUCUGCCUCUUCCUUCAGUGACUGGAACUAAAGAACUGAAACAUCGUUUCAGAACACAAA